AUGCCGACAACGCUGAUAACGACAACUAAACCAAUUUUGACAACAGAUGCUACGGAGGUAACUACAGUAAGACCCACAGUCGAAGAAAUAAGUAUACCAUUCACUACUGUACUACCAACAUUAGGAGAUGUUGCCUCAACCAAAUUGACCGAUAGUACAAAAGAAACAACAAUGCUUGAAGAGAUAACUCUACUAUCAACGACGGGUACUGAAAAACCUUUAAUAACAACUGACAUGACCAAUAAGGCAACGAGAGAUACAACAGUGUUAGAUUAUACAGCAGAGGAUUCUACCGUAGUAGAAGUUACCAAGGAGGUAACCUUAUUAUCAGUGACUGAUACCGAUGGAUCUACACUAGUCAGUGAAACUUCUUCAAAAGGGACAACAUUGUUUUCUACGGUGGUAGAUAUCACAGAAGACACAACAAUUGUGGAAUUAACGGAAGAGAUCACUUUACUGUCACCGACGUUUACCGAAAUACCUACAAUAACCACUGAUAUUUCUACAGAUGAGGCGACGAUAUCUACAAAACUAAUAGAUUCUACUACAGAAGAAACUACCCUGGUAGAUGUAACUGAAGUGAUAACUGCAAUAUCAUCGACGGCUACCGAAGAACCUACAGUACUUACUGGCGUUUCUACAUCUAGAGCAACGAUAUCUGCCUUGGUGUCUGAUUCUACAGCAGAGGCUUCAACCGUAACAGAAGUAACCGAGGAGGUAACCUUAAUAUCAGUGACUGAUACCGAUGGAUCUACACUAAUCAGUGGAACUUCUUCAAAAGGGACACCAUUGUUUUCGACGGUGGUAGAUAUCACAGAAGACACAACAAUUGUGGAAUUAACGGAAGAGAUAACUUCACUUUCACCGACGGUUAACGAAAUACCUACACUGACCACUGACAUUUCUUCAGAUGAAUUGACGAUAUCUACAACACUUAUGGAUUCUACUAUAGAAGAAACUACCCUGGUAGAUGUAACUGAAGUGAUAACUGCAAUAUCAUCGACGGCUAUCGAAGAACCUACGAUAGUUACUGGCGUUUCUACAUCUGAAGCAUCGAUAUCUGCCUUGGUGUCUGAUUCUAUAGAAGAGGCUUCAACCGUAGUCGAAGUUACCGAGGAGGUAACCUUAAUAUCAGUGACUGAUACCGAUGGAUCUACACUAAUCAGUGAAACUUCUUCAAAAGGGACACCAUUGUUUUCGACGGUGGUAGAUAUCACAGAAGACACAACAAUUGUGGAAUUAACGGAAGAGAUCACUUCACUUUCACCGACGGUUACCGAAAUACCUACAAUAACCACUGACAUUUCUACAGAUGAGGCGACGAUAUCUACAACACUGAUAGAUUCUACUACAGAAGAAACUACCCUGGUAGAUGUAACUGAAGUGAUAAAUGCAAUAUCAUCGACGGCCACCGAAGAACCUACGAUCGUUACUGGCGUUUCUACAUCUGAAUCAACGAUAUCGGCAUUGGUGUCUGAUUCUACAGCAGAGGCUUCAACCGUAGUAGAAGUUACCGAGGAGGUAACCUUAAUAUCAGUGACUGAUACCGAUGGAUCUACACUAAUCAGUGAAACUUCUUCAAAAGGGACACCAUUGUUUUCGACGGUGGUAGAUAUCACAGAAGACACAACAAUUGUGGAAUUAACGGAAGAGAUCACUACACUUUCACCGACGGUUACCGAAAUACAUACACUGACCACUGACAUUUUUACAGAUGAAGUGACGAUAUCUACAACACUUAUGGAUUCUACUAUAGAAGAAACUACACUGGUAGAUGUAACUGAAGUGAUAACUGCAAUAUCAUCGACGGCUACCGAAGAACCUACGAUAGUUACUGGCGUUUCUACAUCUGAAGCAUCGAUAUCUGCCUUGGUGUCUGAUUCUACAGAAGAGGCUUCAACCGUAGUCGAAGUUAGCGAGGAGGUAACCUUAAUAUCAGUGACUGGUACCGAUGGAUCUACACUAUUCAGUGAAACUUCUUCAAAAGGGACACCAUUGUUUUCGACUGGGGUAGAUAUCACAGAAGACACAACAAUUGUGGAAUUAACGGAAGAGAUCACUUCACUUUCACCGACGGUUACCGAAAUACCUACAAUAACCACUGACAUUCCUACAGAUGAGGCGACGAUAUCUACAACACUGAUAGAUUCUACUACAGAAGAAACUACCCUGGUAGAUGUAACUGAAGUGAUAACUGCAAUAUCAUCGACGGCCACCGAAGAACCUACGAUCGUUACUGGCGUUUCUACAUCUGAAUCAACGAUAUCGGCCUUGGUGUCUGAUUCUACAGCAGAGGCUUCAACCGUAGUAGAAGUUACCGAGGAGGUAACCUUAAUAUCAGUGACUGAUACCGAUGGAUCUACACUAAUCAGUGAAAGUUCUUCAAAUGGGACACCAUUGUUUUCGACGGUGGUAGAUAUCACAGAAGACACAACAAUUGUGGAAUUAACGGAAGAGAUCACUACACUUUCACCGACGGUUACCGAAAUACCUACACUGACCACUGACAUUUUUACAGAUGAAGUGACGAUAUCUACAACACUCAUGGAUUCUACUAUAGAAGAAACUACACUGGUAGAUGUAACUAAAGUGAUAACUGCAAUAUCAUCAACGGCCACCGAAGAACCUACGAUAGUUACUGGUGUUUCUACAUCUGAAGCAACGAUAUCUGCCUUGGUGUCUGAUUCUACAGCAGAGGCUUCAACCGUAGUCGAAGUUACCGAAGAGGUAACUUUAAUAUCAGUGACUGAUACCGAUGGAUCUACACUAAUCGGUGAAACUUCUUCAAAAGGGACACCAUUGUUUUCGACGGUAGUGGAUAUCACAGAAGACACAACAAUUGUGGAAUUUACGGAAGAGAUCACUUCACUUUCACCGACGGUUACCGAAAUACCUACAAUAACCACUGACAUUUCUACAGAUGAGGCGACGAUAUCUACAACACUGAUAGAUUCUACUACAGAAGAAACUACCCUGGUAGAUGUAACUGAAGUGAUAACUGCAAUAUCAUCGACGGCUACCAAAGAACCUACGAUAGUUAUUGGUGUUUCUACAUCUGAAGCAUCGAUAUCUGCCUUGGUGUCUGAUUCUACAGAAGAGGCUUCAACCGUAGUCAAAGUUACUGAGGAGGUAACCUUAAUAUCAGUGACUGAUACCGACGGAUCUACACUAAUCGGUGAAACUUCUUCAAAAGGGACACCAUUGUUUUCGACGGUAGUGGAUAUCACAGAAGACACAACAAUUGUGGAAUUUACGGAAGAGAUCACUUCACUUUCACCGACGGUUACCGAAAUACCUACACUGACCACUGACAAUUCUACAGAUGAAUUGACGAUAUCUACAACACUUAUGGAUUCUACUACAGAAGAAACUACUCUGGUAGAUGUAACUGAAGUGAUAACUGCAAUAUCAUCGACGGCCACCGAGGAACCUACGAUCGUUACUGGCGUUUCUACAUCUGAAGCAACGAUAUCUGCCUUGGUGUCUGAUUCUACAGCAGAGGCUUCAACCGUAGUCGAAGUUACCGAGGAGGUAACCUUAAUAUCAGUCACUGAUACCGAUGGAUCUACACUAAUCAGUGAAACUUCUUCAAAAGGGACACCAUUGUUUUCGACGGUGGUAGAUAUCACAGAAAACACAACAAUUGUGGAAUUUACGGAAGAGAUCACUUCACUUUCACCGACGGUUACCGAAAUACCUACACUGACCACUGACAAUUCUACAGAUGAAUUGACGAUAUCUACAACACUUAUGGAUUCUACUACAGAAGAAACUACCCUGGUAGAUGUAACUGAAGUGAUAACUGCAAUAUCAUCGACGGCCACCGAAGAACCAACGAUCGUUACUGGCGUUUCUACAUCUGAAACAUCGAUAUCUGCCUUGGUGUCUGAUUCUACAGCAGAGGCUUCAACCGUAGUCGAAGUUACCGAGGAGGUAACCUUAAUAUCAGUGACUGAUACCGAUGGAUCUACACUAAUCAGUGAAAAUUCUUCAAAAGGGACACCAUUGUUUUCGACGGUGGUAGAUAUCUCAGAAGACACAACAAUUGUGGAAUUUACGGAAGAGAUCACUUCACUUUCACCGACGGUUACCGAAAUACCUACACUGACCACUGACAAUUCUACAGAUGAAUUGACGAUAUCUACAACACUUAUGGAUUCUACUACAGAAGAAACUACCCUGGUAGAUGUAACUGAAGUGAUAACUGCAAUAUCAUCGACGGCCACCGAAGAACCAACGAUCGUUACUGGCGUUUCUACAUCUGAAACAUCGAUAUCUGCCUUGGUGUCUGAUUCUACAGAAGAGGGUUCAACCGUAGUCGAAGUUACCGAGGAGGUAACCUUAAUAUCAGUGACUGAUACCGAUGGAUCUACACUGAUCUGUGAAACUUCUUCAAAAGGGACACCAUUGUUUUCGACGGUGGUAGAUAUCACAGAAGACGCAACAAUUGUGGAAUUAACGGAAGAGAUCACUUCACUUUCACCGACGGUUACCGAAAUACCUACAAUAACCACUGCCAUUUCUACAGAUGAGGCGACGAUAUCUACAACACUUAUGUAUUCUACUACAGAAGAAACUACCCUGGUAGAUGUAACUGAAGUGAUAACUGCAAUAUCAUCGACGGCCACCGAAGAACCAACGAUCGUUACUGGCGUUUCUACAUCUGAAGCAACGAUAUCUGCCUUGGUGUCUGAUUCUACAGCAGAGGCUUCAACCGUAGUCGAAGUUACCGAGGAGGUAACCUUAAUAUCAGUGACUGAUACCGAUGGAUCUACACUAAUCAGUGAAACUUCUUCAAAAGGGACACCAUUGUUUUCGACGGUGGUAGAUAUCACAGAAGACACAACAAUUGUGGAAUCAACGGAAGAGAUCACUUCACUUUCACCGACGGUUACCGAAAUACCUACAAUAACCACUGACAUUUCUACAGAUGAGGCGACGAUAUCUACAACACUUAUGUAUUCUACUACAGAAGAAACUACCCUGGUAGAUGUAACUGAAGUGAUAACUGCAAUAUCAUCGACGGCCACCGAAGAACCAACGAUCGUUACUGGCGUUUCUACAUCUGAAGCAACGAUAUCUGCCUUGGUGUCUGAUUCUACAGCAGAGGCUUCAACCGUAGUCGAAGUUACCGAGGAGGUAACCUUAAUAUCAGUGACUGAUACCGAUGGAUCUACACUAAUCAGUGAAACUUCUUCAAAAGGGACACCAUUGUUUUCGACGGUGGUAGAUAUCACAGAAGACACAACAAUUGUGGAAUUAACGGAAGAGAUCACUUCACUUUCACCGACGGUUACCGAAAUACCUACAAUAACCACUGACAUUUCUACAGAUGAGGCGACGAUAUCUACAACACUGAUAGAUUCUACUACAGAAGAAACUACCCUGGUAGAUGUAACUGAAGUGAUAACUGCAAUAUCAUCGACAGCUACCGAAGAACCUACGAUAGUUAUUGGCGUUUCUACAUCUGAAACAUCGAUAUCUGCCUUGGUGUCUGAUUCUACAGAAGAGGCUUCAACCGUAGUCGAAGUUACCGAGGAGGUAACCUUAAUAUCAGUGACUGAUACCGAUGGAUCUACACUAAUCAGUGAAACUUCUUCAAAAGGGACACCAUUGUUUUCGACGGUGGUAGAUAUCACAGAAGACACAACAAUUGUGGAAUUUACGGAAGAGAUCACUUCACUUUCACCGACGGUUACCGAAAUACCUACACUGACCACUGACAAUUCUACAGAUGAAUUGACGAUAUCUACAACACUUAUGGAUUCUACUACAGAAGAAACUACUCUGGUAGAUGUAACUGAAGUGAUAACUGCAAUAUCAUCGACGGCUACCGAAGAACCUACGAUAGUUACUGGCGUUUCUACAUCUGAAGCAUCGAUAUCUUCCUUGGUGUCUGAUUCUACAGAAGAGGCUUCAACCGUAGUCGAAGUUACCGAGGAGGUAACCUUAAUAUCAGUGACUGAUACCGAUGGAUCUACACUAAUCAGUGAAACUUCUUCAAAAGGGACACCAUUGUUUUCGACGGUGGUAGAUAUCACAGAAGACACAACAAUUGUGGAAUUUACGGAAGAGAUCACUUCACUUUCACCGACCGUUACCGAAAUACCUACAAUAACCACUGACAUUUCUACAGAUGAGGCGACGAUAUCUACAACACUGAUAGAUUCUACUACAGAAGAAACUACCCUGGUAGAUGUAACUGAAGUGAUAACUGCAAUAUCAUCGACGGCUACCGAAGAACCUACGAUAGUUAUUGGCGUUUCUACAUCUGAAACAUCGAUAUCUGCCUUGGUGUCUGAUUCUACAGAAGAGGCUUCAACCGUAGUCGAAGUUACCGAGGAGGUAACCUUAAUAUCAGUGACUGAUACCGAUGGAUCUACACUAAUCAGUGAAACUUCUUCAAAAGGGACACCAUUGUUUUCGACGGUGGUAGAUAUCACAGAAGACACAACAAUUGUGGAAUUUACGGAAGAGAUCACUUCACUUUCACCGACGGUUACCGAAAUACCUACACUGACCACUGACAAUUCUACAGAUGAAUUGACGAUAUCUACAACACUUAUGGAUUCUACUACAGAAGAAACUACUCUGGUAGAUGUAACUGAAGUGAUAACUGCAAUAUCAUCGACGGCUACCGAAGAACCUACGAUAGUUACUGGCGUUUCUACAUCUGAAGCAUCGAUAUCUUCCUUGGUGUCUGAUUCUACAGAAGAGGCUUCAACCGUAGUCGAAGUUAGCGAGGAGGUAACCUUAAUAUCAGUGACUGGUACCGAUGGAUCUACACUAUUCAGUGAAACUUCUUCAAAAGGGACACCAUUGUUUUCGACUGUGGUAGAUAUCACAGAAGACACAACAAUUGUGGAAUUAACGGAAGAGAUCACUUCACUUUCACCGACGGUUACCGAAAUACCUACAAUAACCACUGACAUUUCUACAGAUGAGGCGACGAUAUCUACAACACUGAUAGAUUCUACUACAGAAGAAACUACCCUGGUAGAUGUAACUGAAUUGAUAACUGCAAUAUCAUCGACGGCUACCGAAGAACCUACGAUAGUUAUUGGCGUUUCUACAUCUGAAACAUCGAUAUCUGCCUUGGUGUCUGAUUCUACAGAAGAGGCUUCAACCGUAGUCGAAGUUACCGAGGAGGUAACCUUAAUAUCAGUGACUGAUACCGAUGGAUCUACACUAAUCAGUGAAACUUCUUCAAAAGGGACACCAUUGUUUUCGACGGUGGUAGAUAUCACAGAAGACACAACAAAUGUGGAAUUUACGGAAGAGAUCACUUCACUUUCACCGACGGUUACCGAAAUACCUACACUGACCACUGACAAUUCUACAGAUGAAUUGACGAUAUCUACAACACUUAUGGAUUCUACUACAGAAGAAACUACUCUGGUAGAUGUAACUGAAGUGAUAACUGCAAUAUCAUCGACGGCUACCGAAGAACCUACGAUAGUUACUGGCGUUUCUACAUCUGAAGCAUCGAUAUCUUCCUUGGUGUCUGAUUCUACAGAAGAGGCUUCAACCGUAGUCGAAGUUACCGAGGAGGUAACCUUAAUAUCAGUGACUGAUACCGAUGGAUCUACACUAAUCAGUGAAACUUCUUCAAAAGGGACACCAUUGUUUUCGACGGUGGUAGAUAUCACAGAAGACACAACAAUUGUGGAAUUAACGGAAGAGAUCACUUCACUUUCACCGACGGUUACCGAAAUACCUACAAUAACCACUGACAUUUCUACAGAUGAGGCGACGAUAUCUACAACACUGAUAGAUUCUACUACAGAAGAAACUACCCUGGUAGAUGUAACUGAAGUGAUAACUGCAAUAUCAUCGACGGCUACCGAAGAACCUACGAUAGUUAUUGGCGUUUCUACAUCUGAAACAUCGAUAUCUGCCUUGGUGUCUGAUUCUACAGAAGAGGCUUCAACCGUAGUCGAAGUUACCGAGGAGGUAACCUUAAUAUCAGUGACUGAUACCGAUGGAUCUACACUAAUCAGUGAAACUUCUUCAAAAGGGACACCAUUGUUUUCGACGGUGGUAGAUAUCACAGAAGACACAACAAUUGUGGAAUUUACGGAAGAGAUCACUUCACUUUCACCGACGGUUACCGAAAUACCUACACUGACCACUGACAAUUCUACAGAUGAAUUGACGAUAUCUACAACACUUAUGGAUUCUACUACAGAAGAAACUACUCUGGUAGAUGUAACUGAAGUGAUAACUGCAAUAUCAUCGACGGCUACCGAAGAACCUACGAUAGUUACUGGCGUUUCUACAUCUCAAGCAUCGAUAUCUUCCUUUGUGUCUGAUUCUACAGAAGAGGCUUCAACCGUAGUCGAAGUUAGCGAGGAGGUAAAUUUAAUAUCAGUGACUGGUACCGAUGGAUCUACACUAUUCAGUGAAACUUUUUCAAAAGGGACACCAUUGUUUUCGACUGUGGUAGAUAUCACAGAAGACACAACAAUUGUGGAAUUAACGGAAGAGAUCACUUCACUUUCACCGACGGUUACCGAAAUACCUACUAUAACCACUGACAUUUCUACAGAUGAGGCGACGAUAUCUACAACACUGAUAGAUUCUACUACAGAAGAAACUACCCUGGUAGAUGUAACUGAAGUGAUAACUGCAAUAUCAUCGACGGAUACCGAAGAACCUACGAUAGUUACUGGCGUUUCUACAUCUGAAGCAACGAUAUCUGCCUUGGUGUCUGAUUCUACAGAAGAGGGUUCAACCGUAGUCGAAGUUACCGAGGAGGUAACUUUAAUAUCAGUGACUGAUACCGAUGGAUCUACACUAAUCAGUGAAAUUUCUUCAAAAGGGACACCAUUGUUUUCGACGGUGGUAGAUAUCACAGAAGACACAACAAUUGUGGAAUUUACAGAAGAGAUCACUUUACUUUCAUCGACGGUUACCGAAAUACCUACAAUAACCACUGAAAUUUCUACAGAUGAGGCGACGAUAUCUACAACACUGAUAGAUUCUACUACAGAAGAAACUACCCUGGUAGAUGUAACUGAAGUGAUAACUGCAAUAUCAUCGACGGCUACCGAAGAACCUACGAUAGUUAUUGGCGUUUCUACAUCUGAAACAUCGAUAUCUGCCUUGGUGUCUGAUUCUACAGAAGAGGCUUCAACCGUAGUCGAAGUUACCGAGGAGGUAACCUUAAUAUCAAUGACUGAUACCGAUGGAUCUACACUAAUCAGUGAAACUUCUUCAAAAGGGACACCAUUGUUUUCGACGGUGGUAGAUAUCACAGAAGACACAACAAUUGUGGAAUUUACGGAAGAGAUCACUUCACUUUCACCGACGGUUACCGAAAUACCUACACUGACCACUGACAAUUCUACAGAUGAAUUGACGAUAUCUACAACACUUAUGGAUUCUACUACAGAAGAAACUACUCUGGUAGAUGUAACUGAAGUGAUAACUGCAAUAUCAUCGACGGCUACCGAAGAACCUACGAUAGUUACUGGCGUUUCUACAUCUCAAGCAUCGAUAUCUUCCUUUGUGUCUGAUUCUACAGAAGAGGCUUCAACCGUAGUCGAAGUUACCGAGGAGGUAACCUUAAUAUCAGUGACUGAUACCGAUGGAUCUACACUAAUCAGUGAAACUUCUUCAAAAGGGACACCAUUGUUUUCGACGGUGGUAGAUAUCACAGAAGACACAACAAUUGUGGAAUUUACGGAAGAGAUCACUUCACUUUCACCGACGGUUACCGAAAUACCUACACUGACCACUGACAAUUCUACAGAUGAAUUGACGAUAUCUACAACACUUAUGGAUUCUACUACAGAAGAAACUACUCUGGUAGAUGUAACUGAAGUGAUAACUGCAAUAUCAUCGACGGCUACCGAAGAACCUACGAUAGUUACUGGCGUUUCUACAUCUGAAGCAUCGAUAUCUUCCUUGGUGUCUGAUUCUACAGAAGAGGCUUCAACCGUAGUCGAAGUUACCGAGGAGGUAACCUUAAUAUCAGUGACUGAUACCGAUGGAUCUACACUAAUCAGUGAAACUUCUUCAAAAGGGACACCAUUGUUUUCGACGGUGGUAGAUAUCACAGAAGACACAACAAUUGUGGAAUUAACGGAAGAGAUCACUUCACUUUCACCGACGGUUACCGAAAUACCUACAAUAACCACUGACAUUUCUACAGAUGAGGCGACGAUAUCUACAACACUGAUAGAUUCUACUACAGAAGAAACUACCCUGGUAGAUGUAACUGAAGUGAUAACUGCAAUAUCAUCGACGGCUACCGAAGAACCUACGAUAGUUAUUGGCGUUUCUACAUCUGAAACAUCGAUAUCUGCCUUGGUGUCUGAUUCUACAGAAGAGGCUUCAACCGUAGUCGAAGUUACCGAGGAGGUAACCUUAAUAUCAGUGACUGAUACCGAUGGAUCUACACUAAUCAGUGAAACUUCUUCAAAAGGGACACCAUUGUUUUCGACGGUGGUAGAUAUCACAGAAGACACAACAAUUGUGGAAUUUACGGAAGAGAUCACUUCACUUUCACCGACGGUUACCGAAAUACCUACACUGACCACUGACAAUUCUACAGAUGAAUUGACGAUAUCUACAACACUUAUGGAUUCUACUACAGAAGAAACUACUCUGGUAGAUGUAACUGAAGUGAUAACUGCAAUAUCAUCGACGGCUACCGAAGAACCUACGAUAGUUACUGGCGUUUCUACAUCUCAAGCAUCGAUAUCUUCCUUUGUGUCUGAUUCUACAGAAGAGGCUUCAACCGUAGUCGAAGUUAGCGAGGAGGUAAAUUUAAUAUCAGUGACUGGUACCGAUGGAUCUACACUAUUCAGUGAAACUUUUUCAAAAGGGACACCAUUGUUUUCGACUGUGGUAGAUAUCACAGAAGACACAACAAUUGUGGAAUUAACGGAAGAGAUCACUUCACUUUCACCGACGGUUACCGAAAUACCUACUAUAACCACUGACAUUUCUACAGAUGAGGCGACGAUAUCUACAACACUGAUAGAUUCUACUACAGAAGAAACUACCCUGGUAGAUGUAACUGAAGUGAUAACUGCAAUAUCAUCGACGGAUACCGAAGAACCUACGAUAGUUACUGGCGUUUCUACAUCUGAAGCAACGAUAUCUGCCUUGGUGUCUGAUUCUACAGAAGAGGGUUCAACCGUAGUCGAAGUUACCGAGGAGGUAACUUUAAUAUCAGUGACUGAUACCGAUGGAUCUACACUAAUCAGUGAAAUUUCUUCAAAAGGGACACCAUUGUUUUCGACGGUGGUAGAUAUCACAGAAGACACAACAAUUGUGGAAUUUACAGAAGAGAUCACUUUACUUUCAUCGACGGUUACCGAAAUACCUACAAUAACCACUGACAUUUCUACAGAUGAGGCGACGAUAUCUACAACACUGAUAGAUUCUACUACAGAAGAAACUACCCUGGUAGAUGUAACUGAAGUGAUAACUGCAAUAUCAUCGACGGCUACCGAAGAACCUACGAUAGUUAUUGGCGUUUCUACAUCUGAAACAUCGAUAUCUGCCUUGGUGUCUGAUUCUACAGAAGAGGCUUCAACCGUAGUCGAAGUUACCGAGGAGGUAACCUUAAUAUCAAUGACUGAUACCGAUGGAUCUACACUAAUCAGUGAAACUUCUUCAAAAGGGACACCAUUGUUUUCGACGGUGGUAGAUAUCACAGAAGACACAACAAUUGUGGAAUUUACGGAAGAGAUCACUUCACUUUCACCGACGGUUACCGAAAUACCUACACUGACCACUGACAAUUCUACAGAUGAAUUGACGAUAUCUACAACACUUAUGGAUUCUACUACAGAAGAAACUACUCUGGUAGAUGUAACUGAAGUGAUAACUGCAAUAUCAUCGACGGCUACCGAAGAACCUACGAUAGUUACUGGCGUUUCUACAUCUCAAGCAUCGAUAUCUUCCUUUGUGUCUGAUUCUACAGAAGAGGCUUCAACCGUAGUCGAAGUUAGCGAGGAGGUAACCUUAAUAUCAGUGACUGGUACCGAUGGAUCUACACUAUUCAGUGAAACUUCUUCAAAAGGGACACCAUUGUUUUCGACUGUGGUAGAUAUCACAGAAGACACAACAAUUGUGGAAUUUACAGAAGAGAUCACUUUACUUUCAUCGACGGUUACCGAAAUACCUACAAUAACCACUGACAUUUCUACAGAUGAGGCGACGAUAUCUACAACACUGAUAGAUUCUACUACAGAAGAAACUACCCUGGUAGAUGUAACUGAAGUGAUAACUGCAAUAUCAUCGACGGCUACCGAAGAACCUACGAUAGUUAUUGGCGUUUCUACAUCUGAAACAUCGAUAUCUGCCUUGGUGUCUGAUUCUACAGAAGAGGCUUCAACCGUAGUCGAAGUUACCGAGGAGGUAACCUUAAUAUCAAUGACUGAUACCGAUGGAUCUACACUAAUCAGUGAAACUUCUUCAAAAGGGACACCAUUGUUUUCGACGGUGGUAGAUAUCACAGAAGACACAACAAUUGUGGAAUUUACGGAAGAGAUCACUUCACUUUCACCGACGGUUACCGAAAUACCUACACUGACCACUGACAAUUCUACAGAUGAAUUGACGAUAUCUACAACACUUAUGGAUUCUACUACAGAAGAAACUACUCUGGUAGAUGUAACUGAAGUGAUAACUGCAAUAUCAUCGACGGCUACCGAAGAACCUACGAUAGUUACUGGCGUUUCUACAUCUCAAGCAUCGAUAUCUUCCUUUGUGUCUGAUUCUACAGAAGAGGCUUCAACCGUAGUCGAAUUUAGCGAGGAGGUAACCUUAAUAUCAGUGACUGGUACCGAUGGAUCUACACUAUUCAGUGAAACUUCUUCAAAAGGGACACCAUUGUUUUCGACUGUGGUAGAUAUCACAGAAGACACAACAAUUGUGGAAUUAACGGAAGAGAUCACUUCACUUUCACCGACGGUUACCGAAAUACCUACUAUAACCACUGACAUUUCUACAGAUGAGGCGACGAUAUCUACAACACUGAUAGAUUCUACUACAGAAGAAACUACCCUGGUAGAUGUAACUGAAGUGAUAACUGCAAUAUCAUCGACGGAUACCGAAGAACCUACGAUAGUUACUGGCGUUUCUACAUCUGAAGCAACGAUAUCUGCCUUGGUGUCUGAUUCUACAGAAGAGGGUUCAACCGUAGUCGAAGUUACCGAGGAGGUAACUUUAAUAUCAGUGACUGAUACCGAUGGAUCUACACUAAUCAGUGAAAUUUCUUCAAAAGGGACACCAUUGUUUUCGACGGUGGUAGAUAUCACAGAAGACACAACAAUUGUGGAAUUUACAGAAGAGAUCACUUUACUUUCAUCGACGGUUACCGAAAUACCUACAAUAACCACUGACAUUUCUACAGAUGAGGCGACGAUAUCUACAACACUGAUAGAUUCUACUACAGAAGAAACUACCCUGGUAGAUGUAACUGAAGUGAUAACUGCAAUAUCAUCGACGGCUACCGAAGAACCUACGAUAGUUAUUGGCGUUUCUACAUCUGAAACAUCGAUAUCUGCCUUGGUGUCUGAUUCUACAGAAGAGGCUUCAACCGUAGUCGAAGUUACCGAGGAGGUAACCUUAAUAUCAGUGACUGAUACCGAUGGAUCUACACUAAUCAGUGAAACUUCUUCAAAAGGGACACCAUUGUUUUCGACGGUGGUAGAUAUCACAGAAGACACAACAAUUGUGGAAUUUACGGAAGAGAUCACUUCACUUUCACCGACGGUUACCGAAAUACCUACACUGACCACUGACAAUUCUACAGAUGAAUUGACGAUAUCUACAACAAUUAUGGAUUCUACUUCAGAAGAAACUACUCUGGUAGAUGUAACUGAAGUGAUAACUGCAAUAUCAUCGACGGCUACCGAAGAACCUACGAUAGUUACUGGCGUUUCUACAUCUGAAGCAUCGAUAUCUUCCUUGGUGUCUGAUUCUACAGAAGAGGCUUCAACCGUAGUCGAAGUUAGCGAGGAGGUAACCUUAAUAUCAGUGACUGAUACCGAUGGAUCUACACUAAUCAUUGAAACUUCUUCAAAAGGGACACCAUUGUUUUCGACGGUGGUAGAUAUCUCAGAAGACACAACAAUUGUGGAAUUUACGGAAGAGAUCACUUCACUUUCACCGACGGUUACCGAAAUACCUACACUGACCACUGACAAUUCUACAGAUGAAUUGACGAUAUCUACAACACUUAUGGAUUCUACUACAGAAGAAACUACCCUGGUAGAUGUAACUGAAGUGAUAACUGCAAUAUCAUCGACGUCCACCGAAGAACCAACGAUCGUUACUGGUGUUUCUACAUCUGAAACAUCGAUAUCUGCCUUGGUGUCUGAUUCUACAGAAGAGGGUUCAACCGUAGUCGAAGUUACCGAGGAGGUAACCUUAAUAUCAGUGACUGAUACCGAUGGAUCUACACUAAUCAGUGAAACUUCUUCAAAAGGGACACCAUUGUUUUCGACGGUGGUAGAUAUCACAGAAGACACAACAAUUGUGGAAUUAACGGAAGAGAUCACUUCACUUUCACCGACGGUUACCGAAAUACCUACAAUAACCACUGACAUUUCUACAGAUGAGGCGACGAUAUCUACAACACUUAUGUAUUCUACUAUAGAAGAAACUACAAUGGUAGAUGUAACUGAAGUGAUAACUGCAAUAUCAUCGACGGCCACCGAAGAACCUACGAUCGUUACUGGCGUUUCUACAUCUGAAGCAACGAUAUCUGCCUUGGUGUCUGAUUCUACAGCCGAUGCUUCAACCGUAGUAGAAGUUACCAAGGAGGUAACCUUAAUACCAGUGACUGAUACCGAUGGAUCUACUCUAAUCAGUGAAACCUCUUCAAAGGGGACAACAUUGUUUUCUACGGUGGUAGAUAUCACAGAAGACACAACAAUUUUGGAAAUAAUGGAAGAGAUCACCUCACUAUCACCGACGGUUACCGAAAAACCUGCAUUAACCACUGAUAUUUCUACAGAUGAGGCGACGAUGUCUACAACACUUAUGGAUUCUACUACAGAAGAAACUACCCUGGUAGAUGUAACUGAAGUGAUAACUGCAAUAUCAUCGACGGCUACCGAGGAACCUACAAUAGCUACAGUCGUUUCUGCAUCUGACGCAACGAUUUCUGACUUGGCGUCAGAUUCUACAACAAUUGAUCCUACCGUUGUAGCAGAGUUUACAUCAAUAUCCUUUACUGGUACCGAGAAACCCACAGUUUUGCCGUUUAAGACAACAAUUGGUACAGAUUCUACCGCAAUGAGCGACACCACUAUACCGGAAGUAACCGAGAAGACACAAAACAUAUUUUCGAUUGGUUCUGAUGGAACUGCAAUGAUCAGUGACACAUCUACAAUCGCUGCAACAUCUUUUAGGGCGGAAACGACUGCAAGAACAGAACAAAGUCCCAUAUCUUACGAAGUAACAUCACUUGGGGGCACUUAUACAAGGGGAACAGCAACCUAUAUAACAUCGUUAUUUCCGAUCGAGACAACUACUGAAUUUCAUUCCACUCUAAUGGUUACUUUAACAUCAGCUACUGAUGAUGUAUCAGCAACUGCACGAACGACUAAGGAAGUAACACCUUCUCCACCCACAACUCCGCAUAUCGUUGUCAUCACUGAAGGUAAUUAG